AUGCCAUUUGUUUUGUCCUUGAUGACCGUAUGGCUGCUGCAGUUGACCACAGUACAAGGUGCUGCUAGCAGAAAUCAAGUUUGUGGGCUGUCACUAAUCUCUCCACGAAUUGUUGGGGGCCAACCAUCUUCUGAGGGGGCAUGGCCCUGGCAAGUUUCCAUUUUAAAAGAGGACUAUGUUCAUUGCGGAGGCUCUCUCAUAACUGACCAGUGGGUGUUAUCAGCAGCUCACUGCUUCUUUGAAAACAAGUCUAUUGAACUCUAUGAUGUGGUGGUAGGUGUUCACCAGCUCUUAAACCCCACAAAGGAUGCCCAAAUCAUCCGUGUGAUAGAGAUUAUUUCCAACCCUGACUUCAACCUUGAGUGGGAAGACCUCCGUGGGGAUAUUGCUUUAGUGAAACUGGCAUCCCCUGUGAAUUUCACCAACUACAUCCUCCCCAUCUGCCUGCCAGGCUCUUCUGUACAAAUCCCUCCAAAUGCCAGCUGCUGGAUCACUGGAUGGGGAGCUGUUAAAGAAAAUGAGAACUUGCCAGAACCAAUGACCCUCCAGGAAUUGAAGGUGCCACCCAUAAGCCAAGAAACUUGCAAUGAACUCUAUAACAAAGGCGAAAAUAAUUCACUUGGCAAGGACCCUAUCUUGCCUGAUAUGAUCUGUGCUGGUUACCCAGAAGGUGGGAAGGAUGCCUGUCAGGGUGACUCCGGAGGACCCUUGGUUUGCAAACUCAAAAGAGGUUGGACCCAAUUUGGGGUUCAGAGUUGGGGACAAGGGUGUGCCAAACCCAGCUAUCCUGGUGUCUAUGCUUCAGUGACUUACUAUGCCAAAUGGAUUGAUGAGACGAUUGUUGCCAAUGGCGGUGGGCAGAAUGGUGGACUGCACAACACCCUCACUGUGACACUCCUCUUGCUCACCUCUGCAUUAGCUCACCAGUGUAAUAAUACUUCUGAUUAUAAAGUCCUGCUGGGUGCCUAUCAGCUCUCAAACCGCUCACAUAGUGUGAUACGUUCUGAUGUGGAGCAGAUUGAAAUCCAUCCUGACUACUAUCCUUACAUCGCGGAUAUUGCUUUGGUUAAACUGAAGGCUCCUGUGGAAUACACAGACUACAUCCAACCCAUCAGCCUGCCACACGCUUUGGAAGAAGUCCCCAUGGAUGCAGACUGCUGGGUCACUGGAUGGGGAGACAUUAAAUAUAAUGUGAGUUUGCCAGUUCCCCAAACCCUCCAGGAACUGAAGGUACCACUCAUAAACCGGUCAGCCUGCAACGAUCUCUAUAACAGUGCCCCCACUGAUGACAUUCCCAUGGAUCCUGUCAAGCCUGGAAUGUUGUGCGCUGGUUACCCAGAAGGAGAGAAAGAUACCUGCCAGGGGGACUCCGGUGGACCCUUGGUUUGCAAACACGAAGGAGGUUGGACUCAAGUUGGGGUUGUGAGCGGGGGAGGAGGGUGUGCUGAGCCCAAACACCCUAGUGUCUACACUUCAGUAUCUGCCUUUGUUGAGUGGAUUCAAGCAACGACUGGUGCCCUGCAAACAGCUCCAUUAUGCCAAAAACCUCCACGACGGCUGCUAAUGGGGGUGGGAAGAAUGGUGGAUGGCACAACACCUCCACUGUCACCCUCCUCUUGCUCUCCUUUGCACUAUCCCUCCUGUGACAUUCCUCUUGAUGCCUCUUGUGCCAUGUCUUCCUGUGACUCUCUUCUUUCAGCCUGCUAA